AUGCAUCACGACCAUACCAAUGCUGCAUCGGAACGAUGCCCCGGUGGCUCGUCCCGUCGACCGGGCAGGACUUCUCAGGGCACAAAGUUGUGCUCUUUCGCCCGUAAGAUCGCACGUAAGAAGACGGGAAACCUGCCGUCGUGA